GGCAGAAGGGCCUUGGAGUACGGCAGAAUUGAUCAACUAUAUUAACAGUAAAAUAGAAGAAGCGUUGAAGCUGACAAAUUUAAAAAUAGACAAAAUAGAAGGUGCAAAUAUACAGCCCAAAAAUGUACAGAAUACAAUGUUAAGGAUCAAAAGAGCAAGGAAAACAGUACAAAAAGCAAGAAAUCUGAAAAACUUAGCAGCGAAAUGUGAUAGAAUUAAUAAACACAUUGAAAGACGAUAUACAAAUUUUAAAGAAAACACUAAGUGUAUGGUGAAUAGUAUUUUAAAAAAAGAUACAACAGGAGUGACCUUUACAAAGUUAGCGACAUCGACAAAGUUAAAUCUCAUGAAUGAAAAUAAGUGGAAGGAAUGGGAAGAAACAUAUAAAACAGCUAGGAAUUGUAAUAAAGAAGCUUUCAAUAAGUUAGAUGAACUAAUAUCCUUAGAAGAAUUUAACGAGACGAUGAGAUCAUCACUGAUGG